AUGCCGGACCUGUCCAACAGCUCAAUGCCUCCGCCGUCGAUGGCCUCCACAUCCCAUACCUCACCGCUCAAGAAGAAGGACAGCUUCGGUCGCUCUAAAGGACUGAAAAACAAACAAAAACUAAAGACAGACUUCAGUGACUCGAUUGGCUUUCUGGACGACGAGGACCUCUCCAACUCGGAGCUACUCCUACCCCAGUAUCCGGUCAUACGGGAGACCCUAUGGCCGGACACCCCUCACAGUGACGACCAUAUGUUGAACUUAUACAACGGUUACAUAAACACCACAUAUCAUGAACAGCAACUCAUGAAGAAAGCGACGGUUCCCUCGUCUACGAUGGACGACCUCUAUGCCCGGUUCGCAUUGAGUGCCUUACAGUGCAACGAACGCAUCCGAGCCGUCGCCGAAGCCAUCGACUCGGCCGACACAUCCGACUCCGUACUAAUGGCUGUCGGUUUGGCCCCCAAAGCGAAGCCAUUGUCGCCGAUUAAAGACAACAAAAUUACGGGUCGCUAUCGGAAGGACAGGGAGGCGGACUUGGCUAAGAUUUUUGCCAUGGGCAACAGAUCCAAACGCCAGAUACGGCUGCCCUCGCGGUUCCACGAAAGCAGUCUUUUGAUGGGAAACCAAUGGGUUAUUCCCGACUACGACUCCAAAGGAAAGACCGGCAAAAGACGGCUACAGGAGGAGCAGAAACGCCUCCAAGAACUGCAUCAGAAGCAACUCGAACACGAACUCCGCUUUCAGACGCAUCACACGACCACUUCGGACACCAAUGGCGCCACUGCUGACGACUCGCAGACACAGUUGUCUAUCAUUCAUAAAAAGCUGAACAAAUCGCUCAACAAAAUGAAAGUGAAGACCAAGUCGGCGGCCACGACGCCCAACGGAACCGCUGUUGGAUCUAAAUAUCAGCUGAAGAUUCCGCACCAAAGGCUACGGGAAAUGCAGAUAAUUCGCGACCAAAAGAAUCAGAUGAAGGCGGCGGCCAAACUGAAGACCAGCCAAACGAGUCAACAAUCGCUGGACAAGUCGUUUACGUCACUGUUUUCGAUGUCCCACACCGUCGGCGACAAACGGGUCCUCUCGCUGUCGGCCAAAGCGAAGGCCAGCGCAUCCCAGAGGGCGCACGUGAACCAACUGUUCCGCCAUUUGGCCGACACUAUGAAUCUGAGCAAUAUAUCGACGAUUUGCAAGAAUGGAAAACUCAAUAAAUUGGAGACAAUCAAAGAGGCCAUUGAGACCAUCAAUAAGUUAGUCAAAAGGGAACAGCAGUUGUCAUAUAUCCGCAAAUUGUUGUCGAUGUGGAACCACAAGCUCGUCCUCUGCGACAAAGUGACACAAAAAGAUGUGAAACCGGAAGCCAUAAAAGUGGUGAGCGAUGUGAUGAAGUCAUAUAAGGCGAGUGUCUGCUAUAAAGUCGGAGAAGCGUUAGAGACAAAGAGCCGAGAAUUGCAACACAAACGCGCUCAACUGUUGGCUAAUGGGAUGACAACGUAUUCACUGCAAGAGAACAAAACUUUGUGUAACUCCUCUCCGGUCACGAAUUCGGUGCAAAUCCCAGUCCCAGUCAUUCCAUUCAAAGUCCCAAUCAAACGGAUUCACAAUANCUAA